GCCACUCACUUUACAAUAAGGAAAACGCUGAUUGGUCGCAGAGCCGGCGGCACGUGGGGCAGAAACGGACACGGACAGCCGGGCUCAGGAGACAGACUACAUUUAGUAAUCAGCGAAAAUGCCUUCUGACCUGGCAAAGAAAAAAGCUGCCAAGAAAAAGGAGGCGGCAAAGGCACGACAGAGGCCCAAGAAGGAGAACGAGGAAUCUGUAGCUGACGAAGCUGAACAGCAACAAAGUAAUGGCACACAGACACCUGAAGUAGAUGAAGUGACGCGCCAGAUGGAAGAGUUUGAACUCCGGAAGGCUGCUGCCCGGGCAGUCACUGGAGUACUGGCUUCUCAUCCAAACAGCACAGAUGUUCACAUUAUUAACAUGUCGCUGACCUUUCAUGGCCAGGAGCUUCUGAAUGACACCACCGUGGAACUCAAUUCGGGAAGGAGAUAUGGGCUGAUUGGCCUCAAUGGAACCGGGAAAUCAAUGCUGCUUUCAGCCAUUGGAGCAAGAGAAGUGCCAAUUCCAGAGCACAUUGAUAUCUAUCAUUUAACACGGGAGAUGCCACCCAGUGAGAAGACUGCUCUGCAGUGUGUGAUGGAGGUGGACACUGAGAGGAGCAUGUUGGAGAAGGAGGCAGAGAGACUAGCCCAUGAGGAUGCCGAGUGUGAGAAAUUGCUUGAGAUCUAUGAGCGCCUGGAAGAGUUGGAUGCUGCCAAGGCAGAGGUCAGAGCGUCCCGCAUCCUUCAUGGCCUGGGAUUCUCCCCCGCUAUGCAACGCAAGAUGCUAAAGGAUUUUAGUGGUGGCUGGCGAAUGCGUGUGGCUCUUGCCAGAGCCCUUUUUAUCCGACCAUUCAUGUUACUACUUGAUGAACCCACAAAUCACCUUGAUCUGGAAGCCUGUGUGUGGCUGGAGGAAGAGCUCAGAUCUUUUCGUCGGAUCCUGGUCCUGAUCUCUCACUCCCAGGACUUCCUGAAUGGAGUGUGUACAAACAUUAUUCACCUACACAACCGCAAGCUGAAAUACUACACCGGCAAUUAUGAUCAGUAUGUAAAAACUCGUCUGGAGCUGGAAGAGAAUCAAAUGAAAAGGUUCAACUGGGAACAGGAUCAGAUUGCUCACAUGAAGAACUACAUUGCACGGUUUGGUCAUGGCAGUGCCAAGUUAGCCCGUCAAGCACAGAGCAAAGAGAAGACUUUGCAGAAAAUGAUGUCAUCUGGACUAACUGAAAGAGUGGUCAGCGAUAAGACGCUCUCGUUCUUUUUCCCGUCCUGUGGAAAAAUACCUCCUCCAGUUAUCAUGGUGCAGAAUGUCAGCUUCCGUUACAAUACCGAUGGGCCCCUCAUAUACAGGAACCUAGAGUUUGGGAUUGAUCUGGACACGCGUGUGGCCCUCGUAGGCCCCAAUGGAGCUGGAAAAUCUACUUUACUAAAACUACUGACUGGAGAGGUACUGCCAUGCGACGGAAUGAUCCGGAAACAUUCUCACGUGAAGAUUGGACGUUACCAUCAGCACCUGACAGAGCAGCUUGACCUAGAUCUUUCUCCUCUGGAAUAUAUGAUGAAGUGUUACCCUGAAAUAAAGGAGAAGGAGGAGAUGAGGAAGAUCAUUGGGAGAUAUGGAUUAACUGGGAAACAGCAGGUGAGUCCGAUCCGGAACCUGUCUGAUGGUCAGAAGUGUCGCGUUUGCUUUGCCUGGCUGGCCUGGCAAACCCCCCAUAUGCUUUUUCUUGACGAGCCCACCAAUCACUUGGACAUUGAGACAAUAGAUGCUCUUGCAGAUGCUAUUAAUGAGUUUGAAGGCGGAAUGAUGCUAGUUAGCCACGACUUCCGACUCAUACAGCAGGUUGCACAGGAGAUCUGGGUGUGUGAAAAGAAAGCUGUCACAAAGUGGACAGGAGAUAUUUUAUCCUACAAACUUCACCUGAAAGCUAGACUGAGUGAUGAUGAACCUUCGUGCAAGGGCAACUGAACCUUCUGCCGGAGCAGAGAGAAGAUCCCAGUCCAUGCUUUCCCACAACACCCCCAACUUGGAACUAAAGUCAAACACAUGUCUAAAUAAAGUCUGUGACAUAAGGAAAAUGAGCUAAACGUUUCUGUACGUUCUAAGGACGUCCAACCUUCAUUGGUUUAACGUGUGAGGAAGUUUAAUUGUCCGUGGUCAGCUGGCCGGGCAUUCUUUGCAGCUUCGGCAGGAUGUAUUACCCCUAUGUUCUCUCCCUGUCAAACCUGACUUACAUCGAUAUCUCGAUUUUCUUUCUUUUUUUUUUUUUUUUUAAACAAAUUUAUUUAUCUGUAAUUCAGCGAGACAAUAAAGGGAGAUACUGUACUGAA